AUGAAAUAUGAUGCUGAUGAUGAUGACGAAGACGAUGAUGGUUAUUAUGAAGAUGACGAUGAUGAUGACAUUGAUGACGAUGAAGAAGAAGAUGAUGACGAUGACGAAGAUGAUAGUGAUGAUGAUGAUGAUGACGAUGAUGAUGACAAUGAUGAUGACGAUGACGAUGAUAAUGAUGAUGGCGAUGAUAAUGAUGAUGACCAUGAUGAUGACGUUGAGGACGACGAUUACAAUGACGAUGUUAAUGAUGAUGAUGAUGACGAUGAUGAUGACAUUGAUGAUGACGGUGACGACGACGAUGAUAAUGAUGAUGAUGACGAAUACGAUAAUGGUAAUGAUGAAAAUUACUAUAAUGAUGACAUUGACGAUGACGAUGACGAUGACGAUGAUGAUUACAACGACGAUGACAAUGACAAUGACGAUGACGAUGACGUUGACGAUGAUGACGGUGAUGACGAUGAUAAUGAUGAUGAUAGUGAUAAUGACGAUGAUGAUGACAAUGAUUAUGACGUUGACGGUGACGAUAAAGAUGAUGGUAACGAUGACGAUGACUGA